CAAAUGCAAGAACUUUAGGUUUUUCAAUUGACCCAGAGUGCAAAGAGAGAUUUAAGCCUACAAAAAAUUGUAUGAGCAAUUUUCCAUUUCAUCUGCAGCAAAAGCCCCAUGUUAAAUAGGAGUGGGACUAUCUCUAGCUAACCCGCCGAGUCCAAAAAUAAUUAUUCCUAAUUUUUCCACUUUUGGCUUGUGAGUAUAAUUAUUCCUAAUUUUUAUUGACGGAGGUAAAUAUUGCAAAGAAAGAUGUAGAGAAAGUCCUCCAACACUCCGACUCGCACAUACGUCCGCGACGCCAAGGCAAUGGCGACAACACCGGCCGACGUGAAGGAGUACCCGAAUUCGUACGUGUUCGUGGUGGACAUGCCGGGGCUGAAGUCAGGGGACAUCAAGGUGCAGGUGGAGGACGACAAUGUGCUGGUGAUAAGUGGUGAGAGAAAGAGAGAGGAAGAGGAAGAGGGAGCCAAGUACGUGAGAAUGGAGAGGAGGGUUGGGAAAUUCAUGAGGAAGUUUGUGUUGCCUGAAAAUGCAAAUACCGAUGCCAUCUCCGCGGUUUGUCAGGACGGUGUGCUUACUGUUACGGUUCACAAGUUGCCUCCUCCGGAACCCAAGAAGCCCAAGACCAUUGAGGUCAAGAUUGCUUGAAUUAAUAUGGCACAUCAUUCCUAUUGGCCUAUGAUUUUAUAAUGUCCUGUUUUAGAGUCUUUCUUAGCUACUUAUAAUUGGUUUUAUGAGUUGGGUGUUUUUGUUUGUGAGGUGUGUUUUAGGUUUGCUUUCUGAUGUGGAGGUUUAAAUAUUUUAUAUAAAUCAAU